UGAAUUGUUUUGUUUUCUGCCAACUUUCCGGCGUCUCUUAUCUUCAGCAAAUUUUCUCAAACUCUGCCGUACUUUUUUGUGAUGGAAUAACAGUAAAUUAAUGCAUGUAUUUUUUAUACAUUGUGUCUAUGUAAUCGAACUUCCUCAGCUUAUCGGCGGUGGUCUGAAAUAUAUUCGUCAGCCUGCUUGAAUUCACUGCGAAAAUGUGGUUGCUCACAGGGAUAAGGGAAGAAAACCAAGAUCAAGUCUACUAUAUUUAUCAGUCGAGAGAGCACACUGUCAGCCGGAAAGGAGGAGAUGUAACUCUAGCUAAUGAUCAGUCCAUCAGUCGACUUCAUGCCAAGAUAAUACAUGGAACCCAGGAUGAGAACCAAAUUCUAGUCAUGGAUGCAGGCUCAAAGUACGGAACUUUUUUACUGGAAGACAAUGAUGAGAAGAAAAAACUGGUUGCAGAUGAGGCAAUUAUCGUUAAAUCUGGUAGCAUUCUUCAGUUUGGACUUCAGUGGAAUGUGUUUCGGCUUGAUUACAUGCCUCUAGUCGUGUGUCCAUCAACAUUGAACUCAGCUGAAAAGUCUCAACUGAAAGGAAUAGUUCAGGCUUUAAAUGGUCAGUUAGUCAGCGACUGGCAAGAAAACACAACGCAUCUUACAAUGAACAAAAUUACUCUGACCGUCAAGGUUGUCUGUGCCCUAGGAUAUGGUAAACCUAUUGUCAAUUUAGAGUUUUGGAAUGCUCUCAAAAAUGCUGUGGAAACCAACACCAAGCUCCCUAAUUACGAAAAUUACACACCACCUCUUGUUGAAAAAGCUCUGCACAAAAGCAAAGUUUCAUUUACAAUUGAUCUUGGCCGACGAACAUUGUUUGCGGGCAAAACUUUUAUCGCUUGCAGUCCUGCUCAGAAACAGCGUCUAGAGAACAUGGUUGUUGCAGCAGGUGGUAAAGUUAUAAGCUGGGUGGAUGGAGAAUUUGAGAAAGAAAAGUUGCUUGAUCCUGAAUUUCUCAUCAUGAAACCAGCGCCUAAUGAAUCUCAGGUUGAGGCUCAGUACCUUGAACUCUUGAAGUACCUCAAAGGCAAUGAAAUCCGAGCACUAGGUGAAUCUGAGAUUGGCAUCAGUGUUGUAUAUUGCUCAACAGAGAAGUACUGCAACCCACGCUUUGACUUCAAUUCAAAUUUAAUCCGAACAGAAGCAAGCGAUGCAACACAUCCCGAAGGGUCCUGCCUUGUUCCGGAGACUCAGAAUGCAACUAAGGAUAGCAGAAGCGUGGAUCGAAUGACCAUUCCAGAAAGUGAUCCUCUGCCAACACCAGUUAAUAAAUCGAGGAGCCGUCUUAUCGAUGACAUGGAUGAAGAAGACAGUGAAAAAUCGAAAACUGAAUUGGACUCAACAUCCAAAGUGGACAUUUCUAGGGAUUUCUUUGGGAGCACAGCAGAUUCAAGACCAUCAACCUCUGGAGCCGAUUCCUCAUCCAGGAAACGCCCAUCUGAGCUCAUGGCGAAUGAUGACGAUGCGGAUAUCUUUGAUUUUGGUAGUCUGUCUAAAAAAGUAGAGUCCACCACGUCUGCAAAAAGUCUAUUCAGCAAUGUGGAUGAAGAUGGUGCAACAAGAACAUCAACAGGCAGCUUAAGUAAAAAACCACGCUUGUGUAUUGAAGAUCCUGAUGAUGUAUUCAACCUGCCUGAUAGGACAGCGUCCAAACGGAAAAUACAAGAUGAUGAUUCCACAUUGGAAAACUCUGGGAAACGUAGAAUAUCACUUUUGGACAAUGAUAUUAGUUCCGAAUCCUGUAAACGACGAGUGUCUUUGUUGGAUGAUGAGGUUGAUGCUGGGAGUGGAUCUGAAGCAAAACGAUCUCGCCUUGAUGGCUUGGAGUCAAAUCAUCGGCCACCUCCAUCGACGAUGUCUCAAGAAAUGCGCAACUUAAAUGAGCAGAUGAAGGAUGUAGGAUUUAAGUCAAGGCCGCUGCCCAUCAAGAUCAAAAAAGAAGAUCCAUCGGAGGCAGAAAAUGAUCCUUAUGUACAAACAUUCCUAAAUAAAGCUAUUGUCGAAACCAGAGAUUUGAUGCCUGUUCGAGAAGAAAAACCAGCAGAAACGCAGCAAAGUGAUGAAGGUCCAAAUUUCAAGAAGUUUAGAAAGAAUCAAGUAUGCAGAGCCAAUGUCACAAGAAUCAUCGGCAGGAAUGCCCUUCGACCGUUCCAGUUGCAAGAAAAUCACGAUAUUUGGGGAAAUCUCAUUGAAGAAGAAAAACAAGAUCAUUUUCCUGGUUUUGAUCAGGGAUAUAACUCGCACUCUGCUCUAUUUAGGCGUGGUCGAGGACGAUAAACACACUGUGCAAGAUGAUUCCAGUGGUCUCAUAAUUUUUCAUCUCUGGUGCAAGGAAUGAAGUGUAGAAGAGGUAUUCGUGUUAAAUAAAUUCAAGAAUAUCUAUUUAAUAGAUGUUAGAUCACAUCACAUAUUUAAGAAGAAUGUCUUUUUAACAAGUUCUAUGUAUCUCCAUCCACAACAUCAAGAAUAUCUGUUUUGUUGGAUGUUGUUGCUCUGAGCGGAUUGUUUUUACCCUCUUUUGUUUCUAAUCCGUCUUUUUUUCUUAAAUCAUAUGCUUCUCUGUUAUUUAUUUAUCUUUUAUCAAAAGUGUGUCUCUCAAAUUCUGUUCAAAUUGUGUUUUUGCUGUCCAUGGGUCAAACCAAAUUUGAUGUUAGUGAAAGUGAUGAUUUUCUUGUCCCCUCUUCAAAUAAAUUUGUGCGAUAGGAAGACAGGGAGGAAGAAAAAAUAUCUAACAUGUGGCCCAAACUGUAAGUGUGUACAGACCCUGAAGAUGUGAAGAGAUACUUUUUGCCUAUUGUACAUGGAAAGUUUCUUAUUUUACCAUUGACUGAGUUUGUCUCCAAAAUUUUAAGUUCCCCCCUUAAACUUCGCUUUGUUACUCUGCAUAUGAUAAUAAUGCAAUAUUAGUCAUCACAAAUUUUGAGGGGUUUUCCCAUAAUUCAAAACUGCAUAUUCAUUUUAUCCUAUCUGAAAUGAAUGCUUCUCUCAUUUUAUACAACUAUGUUUUAAUCAUAAUUUGGCCCAA